CGCAAAUGCAAAGUCCAAAUGCCAGAGUUACGUAUACCUCCCUAUUAGUGGCCGUGAACGAAGAAUCUGACGCAAGAUAUCGAAAUACAUGGAGUAAGAGUGCCAAGGAGGAUGUGCUAAACCUGAUGAACAGCAAGAGUUGUGAACGCCGUGAAUGAAAGGAUGUUUAAAGGACAAAGUGGUAGUGGAAAGGGCAUGCUGCUACGUACUUCGGAUUUACUACUGGAUCAGCUGUUCGAGAUUUCUUCUGACCGGUUCGCCCUCGCGUGAGACGUGCAUGACCUGUGCAAGAAAUUUAAAUGUCAGUUGGUUUGGAGCACCGUGCACCAAAGCUGUACCAGUAAUGUGCGGUUUUUGAGUCUCCGUUGAGUGGCAUAGUUAUAUCGGUAUAAAAGAAAGUAAUCUGUGAAGUUCUAACAAAUGAAAAGAGAAAGAGGAGAGAAAUGCGUAUGUGUGAGUGGGAGUAAUGCAACUUGGAUUGCCCAUUUCGCUUCUGAUGGGGUCAGGAGUGUAAGUGUUCGUCGUAUCGUUGUGGAAUCAUGUAUUGCAAAAGUGAAGUAGACAUAACCUAGACUAUCUGAAUUAUCUUUAUUCAGUUUCGAGAAUUGCGGAACGAAACGAGUGUAAUGUAAAGCUAUAUCAGUUUAUUGACAGUGUGUGUUGUUACUUGGAGUGAAAUGUGUAUGUAUCAUAUACUAUUUCAAAGUUACGAAUUAACUUAUAUAUAAAAAUUCAAACAUGUUGGAAGGUCUUGUAGCAUGGGUUUUAAACAACUACUUAGGAAAGUAUGUUGAAAAUUUAAAUACUGAUCAGCUUAGUAUUGCAUUACUUCAAGGAGAAGUUGAGUUAGAAAAUUUACCAUUGAAAAAAGGUGCUCUUCGACACUUUGGAAUACCUGUGGAAAUAAGAGCUGGUUUUGUGGGAAAAAUUAAACUUCAAAUUCCAGUUCGUCAGUUGCGAAGUGCACCAUGGGUUAUAAUAAUCGAACAACUGCAUGUUGUUACUGGACCAUAUCGUCUCAGCGAGUGGGACGAAGAAGUGGAAGAAUUAGCAGCUCAAGAUUACAAGCUGAGCAUCCUGGAUGAAGUAGAGGCGCGAUGGCGUGCAAAAACAGAUAAUCCUCAGGAAAGUAAUUAUUAUGCUUCCAGUUAUUCAUCUUGGAUGAGCUAUGGUACAGGGCUGGUUGCUAAUAUUGUUGAAAAUUUACAGCUAAAAAUCAAAGAUGUUCACAUGCGAUUUGAAGAUGAUGAGACAACACCUGGCCAAGCAUUUGCCUUAGGAGUAAUGAUAGAGUCACUAACAGCACAGAGUUGUGAUGACAAGUGGAUGCCACGGUUUACUAAUUGGGAUAGUGGCAAUAUGUCUUUCAAAUUAAUGGAAUUGAAUACAUUGGCUGUUUACUUUGAUUCUCUGUCAUCUGAUCAACUCCUUGGUGGUUUGUCACUAGGAGAUCUUGCAGUGGCAAUGUCAAAAUGUGCUGUCCAAAAACAUCACUUCAUAUUAGCUCCUGUAAGUGCUCAAGCUCAUGUUAAAAGGAAUCGAAGUGAGCAGCCCUUGCGUUCUCGUACACAACCUCGAAUUGUCUGUGAUCUGCACCUUGAAGAAGUUCCCUUAACUCUCAUUGAUUGGCAAUAUGGUCUAAUGGUAAGCUGUUUGAAAGGCCUCAGAAGAAUAGAACGUGCUCGUCGAUAUCGAAAGUGGAGACCAGAUCACACUGUGGCUGAAGAUCCUCGAGCAUGGUGGAUGUAUGUAAUUAUAUCUCGCUUCCCACAUUGGAAAGAAAGAGAGCAAUCAGAAUCAGAACGUUGGGCUACAGCUCUUCAAAGGGCACAUGACAAUGUAGCAUAUGUAAAAAUGUAUGUAAGACUUUUAGCAAAUCCCACAGCCGCUCUUCCACCUGAUUCGAAAACUCUCAAAGACACAAUGGAAUUGCAGAGAGAUCUUGAUGAACUUAAAACUCUUCGAGAGUGUGCCAUGUGGCAGAUGAGACAAAACACCCCAGUUCCCGCAGACGUUCCUAUGGUUCCUACUCCAAACGGAGCUGAGGCAACUCUGCCUGCCGAUGGCGGAGGUAGUAGUGCGGGCCGUGGAGUCUUGCUGCAGUGGUUUCCUCUGUGGUGGGGCUGGUAUUCUACUCCCCAGGCAGGCCCCACCCAAACCACUGUUAAUGCUACAGCUUCUGUCGAUCCAUCAGGUACUGCUCCACCAGAACUGGAAGAGGAACUUUUGGAUGCUUUAGCAGACACUGUAGAGAACAAUACAUUGUUACGACGUGACACAGUAUUUGGCCAAUUUAAUUUCACUUUGAAGAAAGGGGCUUUUAAUUUGUGUACUUCUAAAGGUGACUAUAGAAGUGAAAGUGUUCCUGUAAUUGAACUGCAGUUUGAAUCAAUGCAGUUAGGAUUGGAAUCUAGACCUAGAACUGGCUCGCACAAAUUUCAUAUUACUUUAGGAGCCAUGUUCCUUGUGGAUCACUACACUGAGGAUUCAGAAUUUCGUGUACUUGUGCGGCCAGAGAAUAGAAGACAAUUUCAAUCAGCACUUGGGAGAGGAACUGGUCGACCAUUUCCUCCUGGUCUUGCAAAGUUACUAACUUCUACUGGCCGUACUCCUCAACCAGAUGAACCUCUCUUUACACUCACAUAUGAGUACCGCCCCUUUAGCAGUAACAUUGACUACAGAUUACACAUCACAUCCCAGUCUCUAGAUGUUGUUUACAAUCCAUCUGCAAUAAAAUGGUUGACUGACUUUUUCACAAGACCUCAUCAAAAACCAGACGCUCAGUUAAGACAGGCUGCACGUCAUCGCUAUGAAGCCAUGAAACAAAAAACCAAAGACGAACUGAUGAAAAAUUGGGAGCAGAUUCUUGCAGGAGAUUUACAGAUGGAUCGAAAGAUUUGGGAUAUCAAGCUUGAUAUUUCAGCUCCACAAAUUAUGUUGCUUGAGAAUUUCUGUGAUAAGAAUGCCCUUAUUGUUGUGGUAGACUUUGGAAAGUUCUACUUCAGCAAUCAGUCAGAAAUGCCAGGUGUUCAAAAAGGUGUGUCUCAGCAGGCAGACAGUGAUGACGAAGAUAAUUUCCAAACACCAUGUUCUACUCCACCUGGAAGUGAAGCUAGUGAACCAGAAAGUUCAAUGACCAUACCUACCGUGAACGUUACUUCAUCUCAGAAAACAGAAGAGAUCUUCACUAAUAAUUUCUCUGAGGCCCAAUUACACCAAAAGCUCUAUGACAGAUAUACUAUGGAGUUGGGAGACAUGCAAAUUCUUGUUGGCAGAGUGAGAGAUAAUUGGAAGUACGCCCAUCUCAAAGGAACUUCUACUCUUCAUGUACUAGAUCGAUUCAAUAUCUCAUUGACAAUAGAACGUCGAAUUGUAUUCAUGAAUGAUCCUCAUUUUCCUUCAUUGCGACUCACUGGUAAUCUCCCAAAAUUGGUGGUUCAUGUGAAUGAGCAAAAAGUAGAUGCGCUUCGUACCAUGGUUGCAAUAGUCAGUGGCAAAGGCCUACCUUCUCCAUUUCGUUCACAGUCAAUUCCUUGUGAAGAAGAAACUGUUCCUCCUCCAGAACAAGAUAUAAGUGUCAACUUAGAUAUGCAGGAGCCAGCAGGACGGGAAUCGGCUCGUCUUGUUAUGUUACAGUUCAGUGUUGAGCAGUUGGCUUUGGAGGUGCAGUCCAGAGGUCGAAGUAUAGCAGAACUGCAGGUAUCAGGAGUACGAGCGGCAUAUACCCGACGCACUUAUGAUACCAUUUUACAGCUUAGUGUUCACAGUCUAUUACUUGUAGAUGCUCUGCAGACUUUUGGGCCUGAUUUUGAACUACUUGUGGCCAGUCACAAGCAUGUUGGAAUGGACAGUGUUAGUGGCAGUUUAAGAGACAGUGAGCCUACGUCUCCAACAUCGCCUGGAUCCCCAGAUCCAACCAACCCCCGGACAGCUAAAGCUACAUCUCCGAUUGCUCUCACACAAGCACUCAGCAAUUUACAAACUGACUCACCUGCCUGGCAUAGAGCUGUAUCUCCAACUUUUCCAAUGCCUGUGUCACCUCCCGGUCCCACAUCACCACCACCUUCAUCCUUUUCCUUCGCUGGCCAUUCCCAGUAUCUCAAUUCAUCAGAAGUUUUGGAUGCUGAAGCAUUGAUCACUAUAGAAAUAUGGUUGGUAAGCCCUCAAAGUCCUGAUUCAGAUGGUGAAGCUUUACAGACUGCUUCCAUUCAAUUCAACAAUCUUGAUAUUAUAGCCAACCAAGAAACAAUUGUAGAGCUCAUGGGCUUUGCAAGGCGAGUGUUUCCAUCUUUAAAACCAAGUAGCAAAAGACCAGUUAUUCCAAGCGCUUUAAACAUUCAAGGACCAACAUGCUCUUCAAAUAGUGACACUCCUGCUCGCAUGGCGAGCCCUCGCUCAGAGGUUGAAAGCGGAGCAGAACAGCCAACUGUGCCUCCAACUCGAACAGAAUUGACUUUUGAUUUUCAUCGCCUUAAUGUCCUUCUUUUAAGAGCUGUGUAUAAAGAUGGCACAAUUAUUGGUCGGAAAAUAGCAACUGCUACCAUGUCUGAAGCAAUGGUUCAAGCUACUUUAGGUACAGAAUUGACUGUGCAGGGUUCUCUGGGUGGGCUGCAGGUGCUAGAUCAGACUCCUGAAGGUCAGCGACAUCAACGUAUACUAAGUCUUGGCAAAGAUCCUUUCAUGCACCGCACUCUUGACUUGGUUAGUUGCCUCAAUGCAGAAAUAUAUUCAAUGGGUCAGACUGUCACUUUGCAAGAUGAAGUUCGAGCUUUCAGCUUCAGCGUGCAUCGUACAUUAGAUAGUGCUCCUCAAGAUUGUGCAGACAUUAAAGUCCGUAUGGCCUCUGUAUGGUACACUCAUUCUCCACGUCUUAUUACUGAACUACAGUCAUGUGCCUCAGAAUUCAAACAGUAUCUCACUAAUCUCGCACGAUCAAUUCGUUCAGCAGCUACUGAAAUGGCUAUUGGAUUAGUGCAUGCAAGAGCAGAAGCAUUGGCUCAAAGUUUAUACAUGAAUAGUCGUUUAUCAUCGUCUUUCUAUGGAGGAUCUGCUUCAGAAGUAUCAUCUCCUCGUCGAAGACGCCGUAGUAGUGUGUCUCAGUCUACAGAGAUGUUGGAGACCAUUGGAAGUACGAGAGGCACAACACCCCACACUCCUUUUAGUCCAAGUGAUGAUGAGCUUAUUGAAUCCUUCAUAGACUUCAGAUUGGAUGUGGUACUUGACUCUCCUGUUGUAGUGUUGCCUCGUCAUCCCAGUAGCCCACAAGUUUUUGUAGCACAUCUGGGAAAAAUUUCUGUGAGAAACUGUAUUGAAAGAGAUGAUGAAAGUCCAACAGAGAAUACAGGAAUAUCUUUAGAGCAAGAACUGUGGGGAAUGGGUAGGCGUGAGCAGUAUAACAUUGAAAUUCGUGAUAUGAAUUUAUAUUCAUUGGACACAGAACAUCGACUUGCACAUGAGACAUCGCAUUCUUUGCAUCCUUCUUUGGAAGUACCAUUAAUGCGUCCAGAGAAGUUGUAUUCUUGUGCAGAAGAUGGAAAGCCUAUCUUACACAACACAAUUAUUAAAUUGCAUGUGGACCGUGAUGUUGGACGCAGCUUCAUGCGCCAAUCCGAUAGUUUGCCCACUUUGCUCCUAGGUCAAGAUGCAGGCACUGAAUUUCAUAAAUUAGAACAACAAGAUCUUUUACAUGUUUCAGGUCGUGUUGAAACUCCUUUGAAAGUAUCUCUAUCCAGACAACAAUAUGAACAACUCCUCGAUACUCUAGAGAGUCUGAUGAUCCGAGAAGCCUCUGAUGACAAUUCCAUGCAAGAGACACGACAUUUAUCUAAUAUUGAGGAAGAGGAAACAGAUUUUCAUAUUGGGGUUUCAACUCUCAAAAUGGAUCCCACUGUUCGAGCUAAGAUGUUGAAUAUUCCUACAGUAAUAAACAGACAAAAAGCAGAUACUAAACACACCCUUUCUCUGAAAGUAUUAUUUGAACUUCCUAUUUUCACCGUGGAAUUGAAAGGGGACUUAGGCUCUGGUGAAAAGGGGCUUGUUGAUAUUUCAUUCAGAGAUUUCAGUGUGCAAUAUGAAAAGUGUGAUGAAGAAGAAACAAACAUACAGAUGUCUCUUCGUUCAUUGCUGAUGGAAGAUCUGUCAUUUGAUCCAGAAUCAAAACAUCGAUGUAUUGUAGUAUCUACUGCUGUUUCUGAACCGGAAUUGGAUGCAGCAAGCAAGCGUGCCUUAUUUGUUUCCAAGUCGUGUCCAAACCUUGCUAGUCACAUUCCAGUCUUUGACAUCCGAGCCUCUCUGCCUGACCGUCUGGAGGCAGAUCCUGCUUUCAAAGCAUUUACGUCGACGAACAAAACAAGUGCAGCUCGACCAUCACAACGUGUGAAGUCAGUGGCCUACCCUUGCACUCCUCCCCCUUCACCACGUGUUGGUGGAUCUCCUGUUGGAAUGCACAGACAUGACAAUUUAGUGCACAUCAAUGUUCUAAUCAUGAUGGAUCCCACAACCAACACAGUUCGAAGAAAUGUAACAAUUGACUUUAAUUCUUUGGAUAUAAUUGUUAAUAUGGAGUCUUGGGCAGUGGUUUUGGAUUUCUUUGGGGUUGGUUCCUCCCAAAGCCAACCUUCAGAAGACAAGACAGAUGCACCCCAACCAUCUUCAGCUGACACCCAAGCUUCUAAUCAAGAAGUACAUAAAUUAAUUCGUUCCGAGGUGUAUAUUGAUGUGCGAUCCUUUACAUUAGUUUUGAAUCGUCUGAAUUAUGAAGUUGCUCGAGCUAACAUUUCAAAUUUAACUACAAGUGUUCGAUCCAAUAGCUGUGAAACAAUAAUUGAGGGUCGUAUAGGCAGUAUGUCUUUAUUGGAUCUCUCUCCACAUGGUCAACUGUAUUGUGAACGAUUUGUCACUUCUGGAAGUGAAGCUCUCAACUUUCACAUGAUCAGGUAUCUCAAGGAUGAUCCCACAUUACAAAGAGAGUGUGAUUCAAGGCUUUCAUUAGAGAUGUCAUCUGUGAUUUAUGUUCAUACCCGGAGAUUUGUUGCUGAGCUUCAAGCCUUUUUUUAUCGAUUCUCCCAAUUACAAAGUGUUGUUGCUAGUAUUCGUGCUGCAGCCUCAGGAUCAAAGGUCCAAGAACACCAAAAAAGAUCUUCUCGAAUGCUUUUGGAACUGCAUGCAGGGUCACCUGUCAUAUUAUUGCCUUUAAGUUCUCGCUCCACUGAUGUACUUAUUGCAGAUUUGGGAAAGUUGUCAAUUAGCAAUUGCUUCAAAAUGUCAAAUGCUGAAGGCACUUUCGGACAUAAACGACGACAGUCAGGAAGAGUGGAUACUAGUGCUCAGAAGGAUUCCUACUCUCCUAAUGAACCCCCACCUCCUUGCUUAGUGGAUGUAAUGCAAAUAGAUCUGGACAAUAUGGAUCUUUACUCAGGAAUAAGACAACCUCAAAAUACUUCCCCUUUGAAUUCACCAGAGAAGAAUGCAUUAAAUUUUUCUACUUUCAUAGUGAAGAGGAAAGGGGCACCUCUGCUGAAAGAGAAGUGCCACCUAAGAUUACAAGUUGAACGAAACUUAGAAUCACUAACAACCCAUCAAGUACCUGACCUUUUCGUAAAUGGGAAGCUGUCUGCCCUACAUGGUGCUCUAGAUCUCUCUCAGUACAAGUUAAUACGAGGACUGCUCUCCUACAAUUUGGGAGAAGUAACCCCUGACCUAGAUGCAGAUCUCAGUUCACGGUCUUCAUCAAGUAGUCAUCCUCAAGUUACCGCUAAUGAACCAGUGUGGCCACUGACUUCCAUUUAUCUUGAUUUGGAAGAUGUAACUGUGAAAUUGCAAUUGUGUCAUGGAAAUAGUGAAACACCAGAGUCUUCAUUGGCAGGAGUAAAUUUCAUCAAAUCUCGUCUUGUAAUAGAAACUUUCAGUGAUGGCUCAAGAGAUAUAGACUUAGAAUCUCGAGAAAUACUUGUAACAGACACACGUUUUCAAGCUGAACCUGCCAAUAAACGAUCAAAUGUAUUUACUAAUAUUCUACAACCAAUAAAUAUGGCUGCUAAGAAGGAUGAUGUACAGGCAGAAAUACAUCACAGGUGGCGCAAUCAAGGUUUUUCUAAAUUUGCUGUGUUACUGAAAGACAUGCGGCUAAUGGUAAUAUUGGAUUGGUGGGAAGCUGUUCGGAACUUCAUCAUGGAUAAUAGUGAUAAUGCUGAACUUACCAGCGAACCUACUCCCCGGAUGUCUCCACCUUCUGUUACACCAAAAUCACUUGCUCUGGUGUCAACUGUUGGUAUAGUAACAAAAUGUCCCCCUGUGGUGGAUGUGGAGAAGGCUGCUUUUGAGCUGAAGUUGAAUAUUACAAGUUCUGAAGUAGUACUGGUAGAAGACACAUCACAAUGGGAUACAAAUGCUGUCAUUCUCAAGAGCAAUUCUGUAAUAAUGUACAGACCACAGUUACCUGACAAACCUCUUUCAUGUGAUUUGAAUCACUGUGAGCUAUUCUCAUGCAUACUUGGAAUGGAAGAUGAGACUGCCCUGUCAAUUGUAGAUCCUGCUCAGAUCUGUAUUGAAGUAGCUCGUCGUCCUUCUACUUCUCGUGGUAUUGCUGAUGUUAUGACAAGUGCUGCAGAUAGAGUAUUGGAGGUUCAUUCAAAGGAUCUCACCGUACGCUUGUCAUAUCAUGACAUGUGCAUGUUCACUCGGAUUUUGCGCAGUUUGCCUAAUCAAACUUUAUGGGCCAGGAGCCAAAGUGUGGAACAGGAUUUACAGCCUGCCAAUAUUAGAAGUCAAGUAAAUAAGCUUGUUGCAUUGGGGUUCUAUCCUGAUGAUUGUGUAGCAGCUCUAAAUCAAUGUAAUGGUUUGGACGAUGCAGCUUUAUGGCUAACUCAAAAUGCAGUACCAGUGGAUACUUCUACACGUCAAGCAGUUGUUUCUCCUGGAGAUUCCCCAUUGUCUUUUGAGUCUAUAUCAGUGGACAUGGCAUGUGUGCGAGUAGUAGUAAUUGAUGAUUGCCGAGAUGCUGAUGUCCCUCUACUGGAAUUGUUACUGGCACGCCUGCAAGUACAACAAUGUGUGGGAGGACAGGGAACUGCGACAUGUCAACUGUCUUGUGACUACUUCAACCGAACACUGUCAGGCUGGGAGCCCUUUAUCGAACCAUGGGGAUGUGAGGUGAUUUGGGAACACUUGCCUCCAACUAGUCCAAUUUCUCAGAAAAACAAAUUGCAGAUAAGUGUUGCUUCAGAAGAUCUUUUGAAUGUUAAUGUUACAAGCACAUUUGUUGAUCUGUAUAGGAUUGUAAAAGAUAACUGGUUACAGGAUUAUAAUAGUGUCACUUCUCGAGACAGAUGUGAAGUAGGUCCAGUGAAACAUAUGGGUAGCCCUCCAGGUUACAGGCGGCGCUUACCUUUUGUCCCAUAUGCUGUUCGCAAUAACACUGGCUCUCCUCUCUGGUUUACUACACACAUUACAACUGUUGAUACUCUCUCUGGAGGCCUAUCUGCUGUUCUGGAAGUUGAUGAAACGUGGGUGUUUGUAGAUGUUGAUGCAGUUGUUCCUUUUACUUUUGAAGGUCGUGGAAAGGUGCGUCAUCGAAACACUCACAAACAAAAUAUCCAUCAACUAGCUGUUAAAGUUGAAGGGUGGAACCCAGUGACUCCAGUUUCCGUUGACAAAGUAGGAGUGUAUUUCAGGCAAGCACGUCCUGAAAAUUAUCAUUCCUAUAUAGAUCUGCCUCAAGCUCGUCUCGUCUUUGAAGUUACAUUGGAUGGUUCGGCUAAAAAACUUGUUACUGUUCGCUCAGCUCUCAUGUUGUGUAAUCGUUUGCAAGAAUCAGUAGAAGUAAAGUUGGAAAAUCCCAGUAUCCAUACUAAAGGCAAGUAUUGUCCGACUAUAAAAACUAUGCAUGUUGCAUCUGGAGAGGUUCUCCCUGUUCCUCUGACUCACGUUCACGCCCUUCUUUGGGUGCGCCCACUUGAUCGCACCCAUCCCGGAGGGCAGUGGUAUCAGUUCUGUAGUAAACCGUUAGAUUGGGCUCAAGUAACUAAACCUGGAGAUCUUGCUGAAGAAACACGUUUGUGUCAUAGUAACAGGGAUCACUGCUACAGGUUUUGUGUUGCAAUUCGGCGAGAGAAUUAUCCAACUGAGAGAAUUCCAGGUGUUGCUACUCACAAUAUUUGGGUGCAGCCUGCUCAUUCAAUCACCCUUUUAAGUCCAGUCACUGUUACAAACCUGCUUCCACAUGAAUUGCAUUUCAGUCUAAAGGAUUCUGUUACUGAAGAUAGGAUAAGACCUGGAAAUUCUGUCACUUUACAGCAGGUGGAUCUUGAAAAAUCAUUGGAAUUGAUGUUUUGGCUGGAAAAUUACCCUGGUCCAGGUACUUUGGUGGUACCUCCUAGUGCAGGUCAUUUGAAAACACGAAUUAGACUUCAGGACCCUCAAAGCCGUAGACUGCUUCUCCAAGCCGCUGUCUUUGCCCGUCGUGGAGGUGGACUUUCUAUUUGUAUCUCAGCUCCAUUCUGGAUUAUCAAUAAAACCAGCCUCCCAUUAGUAUUUCGACAGGAAGGUGUUCCUAAUGAUACUGCAGGGCAGGGCGAGGAACAUGAAGUUGCUCGCAUGGUAGCCCCUUUAUUAUUUUCUUUUGCGGAUCAUGAGGCUAGCCCAUCAGUAAUGACACGAGUUGGCAAUGGUGUGCACCCUGAUGGAAUGCCACAGUGGUGCCAGAAUUUCUUCUUGCACAAUGGUGUUCAGGUGCGAAGACUUCGUGUUGCUCUCAGAGAUGGGCGCCCAGACCUUGUUUAUUUGAUUGGCAUCAGUGUGAGGGCAGGUCGUGGCAGAUAUCGACAUACCAGUGUAGUGACACUUACUCCUCGCUUUCAACUGCACAAUCGUUCAAGUUUCAUGUUACAGUUUGCUCAACGCUGUUUUGCUACUACAUUGAAUGAUCCUGGAGCAAAAGCCACAUACCUCACAGCUGUCCCUGACUGUUGCCUGGCUUUUCAUUGGCCACGUCUGGACAAAGACCAACUUUUGUGUGUACGUUUAUUGGAUGUGCAGAACUGUCUGUGGUCUGGUGGUUUUCUUAUUGAAUCAAAUUCUUCAAUGCAUAUUAACAUAAGAGACAACAUGGGCCAGAUGUAUUUCCUUCAUGUUGAAGUGGUUCUGCAGGAAGCUAUGUACUUCAUAGUUUUUACUGAUGCUGACACAAUGCCAUCACCCUUACGUAUUGACAAUCUUGCUGCUGUACCUCUCACAUUCCAUCAAAGUUGUGUAACUACAGAAAGCCUUCAGACAACUGUACGUCCAUAUUCAUCUGUACCAUAUUCUUUGGAUGAACCUACUCAGCCUGCCCUAAUCACUCUGCAUGCCCCUGGAGGAGCAGCUGCAGAAUAUGAUCUAAAGCAAAUGGGAGAAGGGCGAGGCCUCACUUAUGAGAAUUUCAUUUACAUAGCAUUGACUGGUACUUUUGGCAAAGGUAAUGGCUCGUGUGACACUGCAAGAAUGGACCCUUUGGAUGUUCAGAGUCAACAACUCGUCUUAGAGGUACCACAUGGUAGCACACGUGUGGUAUUGGCUCGCAAAGAGCAAGGAAAACGUUCUCAGCUGUGGCGCAUGACUGGAGAUGGUCAUUUACAACACGAAGGUAGUAGCCCUCCUCGGGAUCCACGUGCAAGAAUUCCUACUCAUUCUGAUUAUUCUUUGGUUUUGGACAUUGCUGGUCCAGCUCCACAACCAUCUCAUUAUGUAAAUCUUGAAUUGAGACGUCCAGAUCGUAGGCGUACUUCAACACAGACAUGGCGAUUUACUGAUGAUGGUAGAUUAUGUUGUGCACAUAACAACAUGUGUGUCCAAGCCAAGGAUGGCUUCUUCGGUUUACAUCAAGGGAGUGAUGCAGUUCUUGGGCCACCUCAACCCCAACAUCAUCAGUUGACACUGCUUGGUGUGCCCCUUGAACAGGCUGUGAGUCGACAAAGGUUGCGCCCUGGUUCUGGUUUCUUAAGUGUGCGUGUUCUCACUGAUGGCCCUACCAGAGUGCUACAGAUCACAGACUUGAAAGAAGGAUCACCUUCGCCAACUGCUCUAGCUUUAACUCAAAGUGUGAUAGAAGACAGGCAAUGGCCCCUUCCUAUGAUUGCUCGUCCUAUUACUUUGCAUACUCCACCAGCUGAAGUUGGAGAACUUGAGGUUAAUCUCAAACUCCCAGCUGGAGUAGGAGUGAGUCUUGUAUCAAGGCGUCCUGCUGAAGAAUUGUUAUUUGCUCACUUAGCUGGCAUAGAAAUGGAAAUGCUUCGCGCUGCUGGUCAGCAUACUCUCUCAUUGCGAGUGCAAGAUAUCCAAGUAGAUAAUCAAUUGUAUGAGGCCCAAUGUCCUGUUGUGGUCCAUGUAAGUCCAUCUAAUAAACGCGGAGAGGAAGAAAUCCAUGCUCAGAUGCCAGCACUUGAAUUAUCAGCAGAAAAAUUGCCUUCUCCUAGCCUCAAUGCACAAAUUUAUAAGCAUUUAAUUAUGAAAGUGAAGAACUUGUCUGUGAACAUUGAAGAGCGUUUAUUAUUGAAGCUGUUUGCUUUUGCUGGUUAUGGUAACAAUGAAAUAGCUGGAGAAAUACCAGAAGAAAAUGAUAUUGAGACACAGCGAAUUGUUAUGGAAGCAGCUUCAGUGAACGCAACACGCUACUACUUUGGGAAUCUACGCCUUGAACCUAGCCAGGUGCGCUUGAGUGUUAUUACUACUACCAAAUUGCCAUCACAGUUGCAAAGUAUUAAAAAAAAAUUGGGCCUUACGCUCAUUAAGUUUGAAGAUGCAGCAGUAGACCUCAAACCAUUUCUAAGGGUACAUCCAUUUGAAAGCAGUCAAUUUUUGUUACAUUCCAUCAUUAAACACUUCAAAGAUGAACUAAUGUGGCAAGCAGCUAUAAUAUUGGGAUCAGUGGACUUCCUAGGAAACCCACUUGGCCUAAUGAAUGAUGUUUCAGAAGGAAUGUCAGGACUCAUCUUUGAAGGGAAUGUUUCAGCCCUUCUUAAAAAUGUUACUCAUGGAUUAUCAAAUUCAGCUGCUAAAGUAACAGAAUCUCUGUCAGAUGGUUUAGGUCGUGUUAUUAUGGAUGAGCAACAUGAAGAGACACGACAGCGAAUUCGAGGUGCGCACAAUAUGACAAGUGGUGAUCAUAUAAUUGCUGGCUUUAAAGGUCUUGGUUUUGGACUUCUUGGUGGUUUCACGAGUGUAUUUCGUCAAACAUAUGAAGGUGCAACUACUGAAGGAAUGCAGGGUUUCAUCUCAGGCCUUGGGAAAGGACUAGUGGGAACUGUUACAAAACCUGUGGUGGGAGUUCUUGAUCUUGCAUCUGAAACCGCUAGUGCAGUCAGAGAUUCUAGUAGAAGCUCUCACCGCUUGGUUCGUCGUCGUUUUCGGACUCCUCGUUGUGUAACAGGGCCAUCAGGCUUACUCCCAGUUUAUGAUAAACAACAAAGUGAAGGGCAAGAGUUAUUGUAUAGUCUUAAUGAAAGAAAUUAUUCGGAAGUAUUGGUAUGGUAUGAUUGUUUGCUAAGUGGGCCAGAUGGUUUACGGGUCCUUGUUUCUAGUGAAAGAGUUCUUGUGUUCACGGGCAGCCCUUCAGGGGGAGUCAGUACAGUUCUUCAGACCCCUCUUGGGGAGCUUGCUCAGUGCUCAUUGGUGAGCCAACAAUCACCAGGUGAUUCGUCAGUUGCACCUUAUAUUGAAUUGUGCAAUCAGGACGCAGGCAGAAGACCCAGGGUACGAUGUGACGAUAUAGAAAUAGCAAAGAGGGUGGUACAUUAUAUCAACUACGCAAAGAGUAUGUUUGAAGAACGCCGCCACACAGUAAUACAAGUGGCCGACAAUAUUUUAGAAGACUGAAAGAAUGAAAGUUCUGUGAUGUAUCUUUUUGUUGGGACUUCACUGUAAGUUUCUUACCAAAGAAGGAGACUGAUGGCUGGUACCAAAGGCCUGAAAUCCAGUACGUGUAACUUGUGGUGCUUUGUUUUUCUUACUUAAUGUAUUGUAAUGUUUCUGUAGUGUACUUUUCUUUGUUGAAAUAACUUUUUAAAUUAUUUAUUUUAAUUUAUAUCAGAAAAAGUAGGUACUUAGCAGUAACAGCUUUCAUCAAUUGGUGAUACUCAUAAAAUCUUUAUUAAGCAUCAGUAAACAUUCAAAAAUUAACCAUUUUGAGACAGAAUAAGUUUUAUUCCUAAACAUUUCAAUAUCUCUUUUAAUCAUAGUUUCAAUAUUCUAUUAUGACCUCCCUUUCUCUUUUUUCUUAUUGUGAAUUAUAAUGUGUUGAGAUCUGUUGCUGCGAAGUUUUGAGCCAUGUAAAAUGCAUAUGUAUGUUUGUAUGUAUGUAUGUUUUUUUGUUUAUGGGUAGAUGAAUCAAUGCAUGAACGCAAACAUGUGGUAAUUUUAUUAAGAGUGAGUGCAGUUAUGAGACAUAAAGUAUCAGUUACUAGUAGGAGUUUUUAGUACAAAUUCGUAAAUCCAAUACAGCCGUAAUAGACAAAAGCUUGUUGUAAAGAACAAAAAAAUUAUCUCUUGGGCCCAUUCCGUUUCUAGUGCCAGAGUACCUAUUCCAAUAACAAGUAAAUGAAGCAAUGAAAGAUUAUCUUAAUACUACUGUGUGAAAUUAAAUAGUUGUUUGAAUACCGAGAACUAAAGAAAUACUUUGGCAUUAAGAAAUUAUUUUUGUGAUGAAAGAUGUUCCUUUCUCUCUUAUUUUGCAAUUGACACACUAGUACGUUAUCUGAAAUUGUGGGUACUUGUAGUAGACUGUUAUGAAAUAUAAACAAGAAAAAAAUAGACAUUUAUUUUUUGAAAUAGUAAGCAGGAACUGUAACUUGUUAUAAACAAUUAUGUAACAUAAGUGUAUGUAAUAACAAAAGAUCCUCCUUUUGUAGAGUUGGUUGAAAGGUAAUACACAAGACAAUUGCCUCAUACAUUACUAAUACAGAGAUUAAAAAACUCAAAAAAUUGUCCUCUGUUAAUGCAAUAUGUCACAGUAAAGGAAUCAAUUCUAUAUAGAGCUCACAUAAAGAUGAAAGAGCUAUUUCUUGCAUAUGUCAAGAAAAUCCUAUAAAGAGCAUUAAUUCCUAUUGUGUUCAACUUGUACCUCUUGAACUGAAUAAUGUAAACAGUAUUAAUAUCUUGUUCAUAUAGUGUUGACCAAAUCAUUUUCUAGAUUGUUUAAAAAUCCCAUUUUAAGUUCAAUUUUUCAUAUUUUCAAUUUAGAUUUUUACAUUUCUGUAUACGGCAUCUACAAUACCCUAGGCCCUGAGGGAGUGUAGUACUCGGGAAUUACUUUCAAAUGAUCUACUUACCCUUACAUUUAUAAAUUAGGUUCAGUUUUGUGUCCCUGCUCAAUAAGUGAAUAAUAAAUAAUUGAAAAGAUAUUGUGGUUAUGAAAACCUAUUAGGACGAGAAAGUUGAAAGAUUUACAAUAUGGUUUGUUGGAUUGAUCUAGAAAAAAGUUGAUCUCUGUUUUUUAAUAAUACAUAAUAGGUUAUGACACAUGUAUCGUGAAAAUACCACUCUACUGAGGAAAAAAUGCAAAAGGAUUUUGUUACUUAGGGUGUCCUAAUAUUGAGUUUCAUUUGUACUGUUUUUAGGCUAUAAGAUGAUUUUAAAAAUCAUCUAAAAAAAAUAACAGUAUUGAAUAUUUUUGAAACUUUACUAUUUACAAACUUCAAAAAAAAAAAUUGUUUAAGUGAAAAUGGUGUGACAUUUCUGUUCAUUUUCAAGUUAAUUUUAUAUCUUAAUUUUUUGUGCAAUAAAAUUUGUUUUCAUGAUGUUGGAAUAGCUUUUACCGAUUUUUUAAAUAAAUUGACCUACCGACACAGACUUUCAUUCCUUUGCGAAAAGGCCAGGUAAAGACCACUACAAAGCAAAAUUAUUUCUAUCCUUACAGCCAAUUUGGCAUUCAUUUUUAUUCAAGACAACCCUGACUGUUCAUUAUAGAUCGUCUAGUAACGUAAGUAGUAUGGCAUUACAAAAUGCAAAAGUUCAGAAUAUAUGACUGGGCAUGUAAGAGAAAAUAUGUGAAAUCUUCAGACUAACUUUACUUCAGAAGAGUCAUUUGACUAACCCUUU